CCGAUUGGCCACUGGGGUUUAUUUGCGGAAGUAGAAACGGUGGAAAAGAAUCAACCCUAACAAUCGUUUGGAAAAGCCAAAACAGGGAUAGGAAGAAUUUGUCCUGCGGUAAUAUGUCAAAAUGCAGACGGAUCAAGAUGAUUCUGGUCCUCCGAGCGACUUGGUGAAAACUUCCGGGGCUUUUUGUGUGCUCGUGGGAGUGACUGGGAGCGUAGCUGCUCUCAAACUUCCUGUUUUGGUCGCUGAGCUUCUCCAGCUCCCUGGGGUGGACGUAAGAGUGGUCACAACUGAGCAUGCCCAGCACUUUUAUAACCCCGAAGAGGUGUCAGUAAAGAUUUACGAUGACAAAGAUGAAUGGGAGAUGUGGAGUCAGAGAUCUGACCCAGUGCUUCACAUUGAGCUCAGACGCUGGGCAGACCUUCUCGUCAUCGCCCCCUUAGAUGCAAACACGCUGGGGAAGAUCGCGAGUGGCAUUUGUGACAACCUCCUGACGUGCGUGGUGAGAGCCUGGGAUAGCGGUCGCCCGCUCCUCUUCUGCCCUGCGAUGAACACCGCCAUGUGGCAGCAUCCCAUCACAGCCCAGCAAGUAGACAGGCUGAAAGAAUUUGGCUAUGUGGAAAUCCCUUGCAUUGCAAAGAAGCUGGUGUGUGGAGACAAAGGCAAAGGCGCCAUGGCGGAGGUGUCGACUAUCAUCAGCGUUCUCAAGCGGUACAUUCAGCCGACCAGUGAGCCGUCUCCCCAAACAUGAGCAGUGGGCGACACUUUUAUCUUGGACUGACCUUGUGUCAUCUCACCCAAAAAUGUGGGACACGCGCUAACCAAGCCAAAAUUCUUUGCUACACAAAGGUGGUCUGCGGCUGCUAUCUAUCAGUCCGGCCGUAACUCACCUCCCUAAACAAGCUCAACGGGAAGGGAGCACAGCGUGUACCGAGGGUUUGCAGGCCCACCGGGUCAAACGGAUCACAAUGUGUACAACGAGUUCAAUAAUAAAACUUUGGCGGAGAUGCUGCCUGUCACGCAAGCCUGAAGUGUCUCUCGGAACGGAUACGUAGUUGGGCUUCCACACCAACAUUCGGGCUCGAUGCUAGAACUCAUCGAACCUGCUCGGGCAAGCGGCGAAACGGUGAUCCCGUGCCCCGAGAAAAGUUCAAAUCGUUCUUACGAGGGAAGGGCGUCGCACUGCUGGCGACAAUUGCUCAACCGGUUUGGCUGCCCAACAGCUUUGUCAUGAAUCUUGUUCAUUUAAAAAAUGCCUUGGUAUAUAAAUAAACAUGAAAAUAAACAUUUUCCAACUUUU